AUGAGCCCAAGCCCCGUUUCCUCCAACGAAGACUCCGACUACGCCUUCGCCAUAGACGCUGCCGCAACGUCGACCGCCCGCAUCAACAAGUUCCAAGGGACCAACUUCCACACAUGGAAGUUCAAGAUGCAGAUGGUCCUGGAAGAGCACGACCUGUGGGAGAUCACAUGUGGAGAAGUCAAGCUGGAGCACUGCACCAACGUGAUGGAUCAAUCGACGUUCAAGAGAAAGUCACGCAAGGCGCUGGCGAUUAUCUGA